CACUUACGACGUCAUUACGUUAUUUCCGUUGAGUUUUAACGUUGUACGUUGUUUAUAACAUAAGUUAGAGCAAAACAGUGUCGUAAGCUGCAAAAAAGUAAUGACGUCAACAGCCAACGUGGAAGUGCGAGCAAACAUAAAGUUUUGUGUCAACAUGGGAUUAACACAAACGCAAACAUUUAAAAAGAUACAAGAAGGUCAGAAACAAAAAUGUUGCCGUACAUUAGUGUUCAAGUGGCACAAAAGGUCAGGAAUGGACGCGAAACAUUAGAGGACGAUGAACAAAUGGGACGCCCACACAUUUUCUACGAUGACGCUAAGGAGAGAAUCGUUAAAAUGCCGGAUUGUGACCGUCGUGUUACCGUACGAGAAAUUUCAAAUAAGGUCGGGGCAUCAUUAAAUACUGUACACAGAAUAAUACGGGACGAUCUUGGUAUGAGUAAACGAUCAUGUACGAUCGUUAUUAACAGGUGUUACGGCAUGAUCUCGUGCAGGCGCUACGCAAGAAGCGGCCAGGGUUGGACCUAUUACGCAUCAUCCUACACUAGGACAAUGCCCCGGCCCACAAGGCUAACUCAACCCUGCUGGAAAUCAGUCUCCUGGAGUUUGAGACCUUGGUGCAUCCCCUUUACAUUCCUGACUUUGCCCCGAUGGAUUUCCGGGUAUUCCCAGAAGUUAAACGGCAACUGAUGGGACAGCGCCUUGACAAUGUCAACGAACUAAAAAUUGAAGCGCAGAGAAUUGUUGGGUCAUUUCCAGAAGACUGUUACAUGGAAACAUUUUACAAAUGGAACUAAAUGGGGGAACAAGUAGCUGAUCGAAUGAUGGGAAGAAGAAAACAAACUCUCAAAUAAAAUGGAAACGCUGUUGGAGAGAUGGACCAAAUUUCAGGAAAAUCUAGCGAACUAACAAGCAGCCCAAAUAAAAUAAAAUCUGAUAACAUAAAAACUCCUUGUCCAAAUGGAGAGCAAGAGAGUGGAAAAGAGGAAUUCAACAUGGAGGAAGAAUUCUUAAAGCUCUAUCAAAAAGCGAAACGUCUUCGACUGACAGAAAAGGACUUUCAAAAAAUAGACAUUUUACAGCGAAUUUCAUGGGAAGCUUCCUACAAAAAACUGUUUGUAACAGUGUUACUUUAUAUGUUAGUGUUGAUACUCAUCCUGUUUGUGUCUGUGAUAUUUGUAUGUUUAUUCAACUUUCCAGUAAGUAGAAACACUUUGUUACAUGGUUGGUUUUAUUUAACUGGCUCUGUACCGGAACAUGAACAAUGUGCGGUGAAUAUGCCAGAAUUUGUGAGCAACGUUUUUAGACCACCUAUGGAGUGCUCAUUCUGCAAAGAUGUUAAAGAAAUUAAAACUGUCUACAAUAUUUCCCAAGAGGAUUUCGAAGAACUUUAUGCUUAUUCGGGUGUUCCGGUUGUCAUUGGAGAUGGAUCUGCCAAUUGGACAGCCACUGAGUUUUUCAGCUUUGAUUUUUUUAAAGAUUUAUACAAGCCCGGAAGUCAAGCAUUGGAGAAUCAAAAGAGAAACUGUCAGUUCUUCCCUUAUAAGACAGACUUUGUGGACUUGGAGGAAGUUCUGACAAUGAGUCUAGAGCGAGCUGAAAUGAAAGAUGAGACAAAACCUUGGUAUAUUGGAUGGAGUAACUGUGACUUCAUAGCAGCAAACACCCUUCGGAAACAUUACCGUCGUCCGUACUUCCUCCCGCGACUGUCCGAGUCCAGCAAGACUGACUGGAUCUUCAUGGGAAGUCCGGGAUAUGGUGCGCACAUGCAUAUUGACAAUGUUCAGCGACCCUCAUGGCAGGCACAAAUAACGGGAACAAAACGCUGGACCCUGGAACCGCCGCCUGAAUGUUACUACGUCUGUGAAGAUCAGUUGCAGGUCACGGUUCAACCAGGACAGAUCAUUGUGCUGGAUACAAACAUUUGGUUCCAUUCCACGCUGAAUGUUGGCAGUGACAUCAGUAUUACGAUUGGCUCGGAGUAUGAUUGAAACGCUCCUAAAUGCAACACAGUCGCGUGGAAUAGUUUCAGAAGCAGUGUUGUUAUUAGCUAUCUGGAUAGCUUUGCAAUAUAAUGUAUGCAGUUCGAUACUGUAGUGUUUAAUAAUAAUUAUAUUUAUUAUUUCUAUCUCUCUCUUUGUGUAUUUUUGUUCAAUACCAAUAGUAUUCCUUAUAAAUUAAAUUAAAUUGUAAGAGGGUUGUUGGACCUUUUAAAGUCCUUGAUUGAAAAGCCCUCCACGUGUAAAAACGUGAUAUUUUAUUUAAAGGAUAUAUAAUGCGCUCAUAAAGAAAUGCACAACAAUGACCUAAACCAGAGCAAAAUUCGUUAUAAACAAUGAUCAUGAUCAUGUAUUUUUAUUGUUUACGAAGCUGAUAUACUCUGUAUUAACCAACAAUAAAAA